CGCUCGUCUCUAUCACUCGGCGAGCUCAGGGGUCUCCUGGCUCGUUCCCUUUACAACCUCACUACAACGGUAUCUAUAUAAACCUAUCCACGCUAGCUUCACCAGACAUAGACAUGCCUGUUACUGUUAUACCAUCGAAGCCAGUGCCCGCUGAGUUGUCGGGGACUUUUAGAUUCAUAGACAUCGGAGUUAAUCUCACCGAUGCUGUAUUUCAUGGCGUUCACCAUGGCAAAAAAAAACACGAAGACGAUUUUGAAGCAGUGCUGGACAGAUCGCGGUUAGCUGGUGUUCGAUCUAUGAUAAUCACAGGUGGAAGCCUUGGAGAAUCAAAAACUGCGCUGUCUCUUGCUGCUCAACAUGGUUUUUUUGCGACAGUAGGAUGUCAUCCAACCCGCUCAAAAGAAUUUGACGAGUACCCAGGCGGUCCAGAAGCCUACCUUCAGGCGCUGGACAGCCUAAUAAGUGCCAAUCUCCACGGUAAAGGCAGAGUUGUUGCUAUUGGCGAGUGUGGCUUGGAUUACGAUCGCACACACUUCGCACCGGAAGACGUACAGCGACGACACUUCCGGUCACAGCUAUUCCUCGCCAAAAAGUACAAGCUACCGCUGUUCCUCCAUUCCCGUGCAGCCCACAAAGACUUUGUGAGUAUCCUUCGUGACGAAGGUUUCGGAGAGGAUGGAGAGAGAAAGGGAGUUGUUCACAGUUUCACAGGGUCGGUUGAAGAGGUCGUCGAGCUCAUGGGCAUGGGCUUCCACAUAAGCGUCAAUGGGUGCUCCCUCAAAACAGAGCAAAACCUGCUAGCUGCAAAGGCAAUUCGACCGGACAAGCUUUUACUCGAGACAGAUGCUCCUUGGUGCUCCAUGACCUCAACACAUGCAUCAAAUACCUUACUAGCGACGCUUCCGGCGUCAUUAAAGUCAAAGUAUUUCCCUUCCGGCACUAAAUUGCCAUCGUUCGUGAUGGGCAGGCCGGUGAAAGGAAGAAACGAGCCCAGUGCGAUCGGAGGCGUUGCAUGGGUCAUACACAGGCUCAACGAAGAAAUCCCGUUCGAGAAAGUGACAGAAAAGGUGUACAAGAACACUAUUCAACUAUUUGGCCUAGAGGAACUUCAGAGACAAAAUUAGAGUUUUAGAGUCACAAAUUACAAUUUUUGGUUCCUUGUCAUACGCCGCUGAGCUAGGCUCCAUCCGAGUCCAUCGUCAAGCCAUGGGACGUCACCGAGGCAAGCUGGUGUAGUCUAACGACCCCGAGUAUGUGUCCAGGAUCUUGGCUGCAAGUACUUGCUGAUGGGUCGCAAAUGGCACCUACAAGAAUAUUUCGAUAGCUGCAAGGAUCUUUCGAGAAUCGAGUUCCUGCACUGCUAAGAUAGACCUCACUCAUACAAUGCAAUUUUGUUGAAAUGUCACGCUAGGGCACGUGAUGAACCGGUGUAUGAGUGAGGUCUAUCUUACUUUCAUUUGACAGGUCGCGCUUAAAGAUCGGAGCAACCUAGGGUCUGCAUGUGCC